AUGCCAAAAACCAUUUAUGUUUCUCUAAAUCUUGGGCCACUAACAGAAACUGCCAUCAUAAUCCAACUAGUUGACCGCACCAAUGCUUAUCCAGAGAGGCUAGUUGAGGAUGUCUUGGUUCAGGUAAAUGAGUUAGUUUUUCCAGCAGAUUUUUAUAUCCUAGGUAUGGGAGAUGAAAAAUUGUUAAAUCCGUCACCUAUUUUGUUAGGUAGACCAUUUCUUAGCACUGCUAGGACUACAAUAGAUGUGAAUGAGAGUACUUUAUCAAUGGAGUUUGAUGGCAAAAUUGUAAAUUUCAAUAUUUUUGAGGCGAUGAAGUAUCCGGAGGAAUCUAACUCAGUUUUUGCAUUGAGUGUUAUUGAACCCAUUGUACAGGAAACUUUUGAAUUAGACUGUGAAGACGCAUUGGAAGUAGCCUUUAUCAAGCAUCUUGAAUUGGGUGUAACUCUUAAUGUGGACAUGAGGGAUGAGUUGCACGAUACAGUUGAAGCAUUACAUUCACUUCCAACCAUUCCUUCGAGGUAUGAGCUUAGCUCUCUUUUUGUGCCAAAAACUCAGACAAAGUUGUUGCCUUCAGUUGCACAGGUACGGCUCGAAGAUGAUGCGAAGCCGGUAAAACAGGCGCAGCGGAGAUUGAAUUCGCUAAUGAUGGAAGUAGUGAAAAAGGAGAUACUUAAACUCCUGGAAGUAGGAAUUAUCUUUGCUAUCUUGGACAGUCUUUGGGGUACUUCAGAUCGCGAUAACACCGGAGGACCAGGAAAAGACCACAUUCACCUGCCCAUUUGGAGGUUCAUCAAGGAUUUCUCAAAGAUCGGAGCACCCAUAUUCGAGUUGCUGCAAAAGGACGUGACAUUCGAUUUCACCAAUGAAUGUAAGGUGGCUUUUGAUAAAUUAAAGGAGUCGUUGACAUCGUCGCCCAUCAUUCAACCCCCAGAUUGGAGCUUGCCGUUUGAAAUAAUGUGCGAUGCGAGUGAUUAUGGGGUAGGAGCAGUGUUGGGGCAAAGGAUUGGCAAGGCGGCGCAUGCAAUUUACUAUGCGUCGUCAUAUUUAUUGGGUGCAAAAGUAAUUAUUUUCUCUGAUCAUGCAGCCUUGAGGUACUUGUUAGUGAAGAAGGAUGCAAAACCAAUGCUCAUAAGGUGGGUUUUACUUCUGCAAGAGUUCAAUUUAGAGAUUAAGCAUAAGAGUGGGGUCGAGAACUUGAUGGCUGAUCAUUUGAGGCGUUUGCUUACGAAUAAGGAAGAUCUGUCAUUGAGAGAAUCAUUUUCCGAGGAGCAGUUACUUGCCAUUAAUUCGUCAGUACCUUGGUAUACUGAUGUUGUCAAUUUUUUGGUAACGAAUCAAUUACCUGCAGGUUGA